GAAACACGUGAAUACACCCGUCAGGAUCAUCGUAGGGCGGCGAGCUGAGACGGAGAAAGCCGAGCAGGAUUAAUCCGAUAUUAGAUCCGAUAUUAGAUUUAAUAUCAGUGGAGAAGUCCGUGAGCAGUGCGAGACCGUCAUGUUUCAGUUCAGGUGCUCGGUAGCUUUGAGGGAUCUGAUCAAACCGAACCUGACCCGUCCGAUCUUGUGCGGUACCGCAGGAGAUCAGACUGCACGAGCCGCGCGCGCUCCUGCAAGAGGAUGCCGCCGUUAUCUGUGCACGAGCUCCGGUCAACCAACGGACGGCAAAGAUGCAGCCAACGAGAAAAGAAGGAAGGCAGGAAUCCUGCCCAGUCUGGAGGAUCUGCUCUUCUAUACCAUCGCUGAGGGCCAAGAUAAAAUCCCAGCUCACAAGUUUACUACGGCGUUGAAGUUGACAGGCCUGCGUACAGGAGAUCCUCGUCUGAAGGAGUGUAUGGAGAUGCUGAAGGUCACACUGAAGACCACAUCUGAUGGAGCUCUGGAUCGACACCUCUUUAAAAAAUGUGUCCAGAGCAACAUUGUGCUGCUCACUCAGGCUUUCAGGAAGAAGUUUGUGAUUCCUGAUUUCCAAUCAUUCGCUUCGCACAUAGACGAGCUGUACGACAGCGCAAAGAAACUCUCUGGAGGACAGGUGGUGGCAGACUACAUCCCCCAGCUGGCUAAGUUCAGUCCUGAUUUCUGGGCCGUGUCUCUCUGUACGGUUGAUGGACAGCGACACACUGUAGGUGACACCAAAGUGCCAUUCUGCUUACAGUCGUGUGUGAAGCCUCUGAAAUACGCCAUCGCUGUUCACGAUCACGGCACUGAGUACGUGCACCGCUUCAUCGGGAAAGAACCCAGCGGACUGCGCUUCAACAAACUGUUCCUCGAUGAGGAUGAUAAGCCACACAAUCCGAUGGUGAACGCAGGAGCCAUAGUCUGUACCUCGCUCAUCAAGCAAGGCGCCGGCAACGCGGAGAAGUUCGACUAUGUGAUGAACUUUAUGAAGAAGAUGGCAGGAAACGAGUAUGUGGGCUUCAGCAACGCUACGUUUCAGUCUGAGAGACUGUCUGGAGACAGAAACUUUGCCAUCGGCUACUAUCUGAAGGAGAAAAAGUGUUUCCCAGAGGGCACUGACAUGACCGCUAUCCUGGACUUCUACUUCCAGCUGUGCUCUAUAGAGGUGACAUGUGAGAGCGCUAGCGUGAUGGCGGCUACGUUGGCCAACGGAGGAUUCUGUCCAAUCACAGGUGAGCGUGUGCUGAACCCUGAGGCUGUGAGGAACACGCUGAGCCUCAUGCACUCCUGCGGCAUGUACGACUUCUCCGGCCAGUUCGCUUUUCAUGUGGGUUUACCAGCCAAAUCGGGCGUGGCUGGUGGUAUUUUGUUGGUGGUUCCCAAUGUGAUGGGGAUUAUGUGCUGGUCUCCUCCUCUGGAUAAACUAGGGAACAGUGUCCGUGGCAUCAAGUUCUGCACGGAUCUGGUGCAUCUGUGUAACUUCCACAACUAUGAUAAUCUGCGUCACUUUGCUAAGAAGCUGGAUCCUCGACGAGAAGGCGGAGACGAGCGGGUAAAGUCUGUUAUAAAUCUGCUGUUUGCUGCCUACACAGGAGAUGUCUCUGCAUUGAGGAGGUUUGCUCUGUCCUCGAUGGACAUGGAGCAGCGGGAUUACGACUCCAGGACGGCGCUCCAUGUGGCUGCUGCUGAAGGUCACACUGAGGUCGUGCGCUUCCUUCUUGAGGCCUGUAAGGUGAACCCUGUACCCAAGGACAGGUGGGGGAACACACCCAUGGAUGAGGCUGUACACUUCGGUCAUCAUGACGUUGUGACCAUUCUGCAGGAUUUCCACAACAAGUACAGCCCUCAGGAGAGCUGCCCCAACGGGGACAAGGAGACGGCAGAGAAGAACCUGGACGGCUUGCUCUGAGACGUGUGUGUGUGUGUGUGUGUGUGUGUGUGUGUGUGUGUGUGUGUGUGUGUGUGUGUGUGUGAGGGACAUAUUCCUGAUGAUUAUAUCAAUAGAGUCUGUGUAGGUAUGUGGUAGUGUUUGUGCAGAAGUGUGUAUUUAUAGUGGAUUGUGUUAGGUGUGUGUGUGUGUGUGCGCGCGCGUUUCCCCAUAACGUACUCCAGGUAUGUAACCUGAAGGUGAUGUUCUCCUGGGUUGCCAGGUUGGUGUAAUUCUGCUCAGUGCCAUUUCUGACUUUGACAAUUAAAAAACUCUAAAUUAAACUAGUUCAAUCUGGCAACCCACGAGACCUUCACACCCCAGUUUCCCUUUACUGCGGGUGUGUUAUUUAUCCUCACACUCUGAACAUGUUGUAUAAUCACGUAUUAGCAUAGUGUUUAAUAUUUAAUAUCGGGGAAUAUUUAUCGUCCUAGUUUUUUAGAUCAUUACAGAAACAAAGAUUUUAGAUUUCUUUUUUUUUUUUAAAAGAAACGAUCAAUCAGGUCGGGGCUCGUGGGAGAGCUUUUCUUCGCUCACGUUGUCACUUGCCUUUCGGAUGUGGUUUAAAGGGUUAACGGUGCAGAUAUACGACAGAAAGCGCUAACGCUGUGUGGAACAUCAUGACGGCGGCAUCGUCUAACGCUUAUAAAGGUUCCAAAUAGAACCCGAGAAUAAGAACCUUCACUCCAGGCGGUUUUGUCAGCCACUGGAUGAUGGUUUAAACAGAUUCUCCAGGUUAUUAGUACAGGGAUAAAAAGUGUUGGACCGACACUGGAUUGUCUUGUGGUUCUUACACCUGGAGAGUGUGUGUGUCUGUGUGUGUGUGUGUGUGUGUGAAUGUGAUGUACUGUAUUUUUGAUUAUGGGCUGGUGUGUGUUUAGCGUCUGAUUUUUAUGGGAUGCUUUGUUUCGUUCGUGUGUGUGUGGUUUAGUGACUGAGAUCAGUUCUGAAUGCACUAAAGUGUGACCGGUGAGUUUUUAGGGACCAGAGACAUGAUGAUUGCAGGUGAGAUGAUGCUUUAAAGACCAAAAUAGAUUCACAAGUUGAUUUCAUUAUUUCUCUCUUUAUUGAAUUCAAUGUAUCGAAACAGAAAGCUUACAAUAUUCUCAGCCUGGAUACACCGGUGUCAGAUUGUUAGCACUUCUGCAGCAUUAACACACACACACAGAUCUACAGUCAGUCGUGUGUGUGUGUGUGCGCUCGCGCUCGCUCUCCUGGUUUCCAGAAGCAUCGGCACUUUGUCUGUAGACUGAAUCUUAAUUGUUACAGAUUAUUUAUGUAUUUAUUUAUUUAUUUUUGAUAUAAAUAUAUUGUAACCGUGAUUAUUUGAGAGCACUGUGGCUUCUUGUCUUUACACCUUUGUACCUCCUCUUAUUCUUUUUUUAUUAAGUGUAUCCAGGCUGGAAAAGCGUUAAUAUCUCACACACACACACAUACUGCAUAAAAACCUCUAGUACGGGGGGAAAAAAAACUGUAGAAGUAAAAACAAGAAGCUUUCUGUUUGUGACGGAGUUGCUGCAGGAGAGGAAAAGAGUCGCCAGGGUAUUUCUAACAACAUCCAAUCAGACGGUUCACAAACUGAAUCUAAUCUAAUGACACGCUGCACUCUGUCCAAUCACAGGCUACGUUAGGACUGAAUGUAUCACAUAUAUAUUAUAUUAUAUUACACCCACAUGUUCUCCGUAUAAAGCUGAAUAUGCAGAUGUCUUUGUAUUCUUCCUGUUACGCCGUUCAGUUGGUUGUGUUACUGCUGAAGCCGAGCACUUUGUUUCAAACAAAGCAUCAAAUAAAAGCAAAGCUUUUCGA